AUGUCUACUAUAGGGGGAAUUGCUCCUGCUCCAGAAUUUUCAAAGAAAUUAUCUUACCCAAUUCCACCUGACCUUGAAGAUUACGAGAAGUUUUCUGAGCUCAAGAGAAAAUUGAUCAAGCCUGAAAAUAUAGAAAAAGUGAAGGAGUCUUGGAAAAGACUAUUAGUUGCAAUUGAGAAAAAGGUCGAAGAAAUAAAAAAUGCAAAAGAUUCAUACAUUCCUGAAAUUGAAUGGAAAACUAUCAAGGAGAAUGGUAAUAAAUUUCCAGAAGAUAUUGGAAAGUUGUUUGAAGAAAGAGGAUGUCUAAUAGUUCGCAAUGUUCUCGACAAAGAUACUGUUCGUGGUUGGUACCAGCAACUAUCUGAUUUUGUUUCAAAGCAUCCUGAUGUAGGUGGAUACCCGAACCCGAUUACAAACUGGUUUGUAUUCUGGAAUAAGGCUAUGAUAGAAGCUAGAUCACAUCCUGAAAUCACCCAAUUGAUGAGUGUAAUGUCUCAAUUCUUCUAUGUAAAAGAUAGUAAUUUACCAAUCGACAAGGAUUCCCAGAUAGUUUAUCCAGAUGCUUUUAGAAUCAGAAGUCCUGGACAAGAAACAACUUUAGAUUUACAUUUGGAUUCUGGCUCUAUUGAACGUUGGGAAGAUGAAGGGUACAGAAGAGUAUAUGCACCAAUUUUCGAAGGCAGAUGGGAAGAUUUCGAGCCAUUCGAAUUAGACCUGAGAUCUUUUGCUAAAUCAGAUUUAUAUUCUCAUUUAAAGACAAGACCAACAGCUACAUCGGCAUUUAGAACUUUGCAAGGUUGGCUAGCAUUAACUUCGGUCAAAAGCGGAGAAGGUACUAUUAGAUUUUUACCUAACAUUAAGUUAGUUACUGCUUACCUGAUUCUCAGACCAUUCUUUUGGAGAGAUGAUGGUGAAAUUGACAUAGAAACUCCUAAGUUUCCUGGAGCAAUUGUUGGUUCUGGCCAGUUUUUCUUGAGUGAAAAACUCCACCCCCACCUCAAGCCUUUGGAAUCGGUGAUAAGCAUCCCAUACGCAAAUGAGAGUGACUAUAUAUUCUGGCAUUGCGACGUUGCCCAUGAGGUUGACAAAGUCCACAAUGGAAAGAACAUCUCUUCAGUAUUUUACAAUGCCUUGUGUCCAUUAGCUCCAUACAAUGUGGACAAUAUGAUAGCCACUAGAAGAGCUUUCUACAGGGCAGAAUGUCCAAGAGAUUUCAUUAAAGAUCGUACUCAAAGUGGUCCUUCUGAAGGUGACUUCCCUGGUGAGCACGGCGAUGAAAGAAAUAUUCUUACUGAUGUUGGUUUGAGGGCUUUAGGUUUAAAACAGUUUGAGCUCGAAGAGGAAGGGUUGUCCGCUGGUCAAAGAAGAAUUAGAAACUUUGCCAAUAAUGCAAUGAAAACUGGUAUUUAUAAUGAAAAAGAGUUAUAUAACUAUAUGAGAUGA